GGUGAUGCUGCAGCCAAGAUGGCGCCGGCGGUGCUUGCGGCGGCCUGAACGAGAUGUUCCCGGCCCGCGGCUGUGGCCUCGGCCAGGGCCUUGGCUCUCUCCCCGGCGUGAGCACUCAGGCGCCCCUCCUUCUGCCGGGUUAAGCCGGACCCAGAGGAGGCGGCCCCGAAGAGAGGAGGCAGCGAGGACCCGAGCGGAGCGCGCGGCGCCUCCCGCCUCGGCACCAUGGCGGGGCUCAUCAAAAAGCAGAUUCUCAAGCACCUCUCCAGCGAUCCCUGCUGGCUGUAGUGGAGAUUGGUGUGCUGUGAAUUUCAUAAUCACUCAAAUGAGUACCAGAGGAGUCUAAGAAACCUUGGCAACUGACUACUUGCUUUCACCAGGAAUAGGGACCUUUUGUCUGAAAUUUCCUGCCCUCAGAUUUACUAAAAAUUUAUCUCCUGACAAGAUAAAUCUAAGUACCCUUAAAGGAGAAGGUGAACUGAAGAAUUUGGAGUUGGAUGAAGAGGUGCUCCAGAAUAUGUUGGAUUUGCCAACAUGGCUUGCUAUCAACAAAGUUUUUUGUAAUAAAGCAUCUAUUAGGAUCCCGUGGACAAAGCUAAAAACACAUCCCAUCUGUUUGUCCUUAGAUAAAGUAAUAAUGGAAAUGAGUACAUGUGAAGAACCACGAAACCCUAAUGGCCCAUCACCAAUUGCAACUGCUUCAGGACAGAGUGAAUAUGGCUUUGCUGAAAAAGUAGUUGAGGGAAUCACUGUUUCUGUAAAUUCCAUUGCCAUCCGCAUUGGAGCAAAAGCCUUCAAUGCAUCCUUUGAACUUUCCCAGCUGCGGAUCUAUAGUGUGAAUGCAAACUGGGAGCAUGGAGAUUUAAGAUUUACUCGUAUCCAAGAUCCACAGAGAGGAGAGGUUUUGACAUUUAAAGAAAUAAAUUGGCAGAUGAUUCGAAUAGAGGCAGAUGCUACCCAAAGUUCACAUCUUGAAAUUAUGUGUGCACCUGUUCGAUUAAUAACCAACCAAUCAAAAAUCAGAGUCACACUUAAAAGAAGAUUAAAGGACUGCAACGUCAUUGCAACAAAGUUAGUUCUAAUAUUGGAUGACUUAUUAUGGGUCUUGACGGAUUCUCAGUUGAAGGCUAUGGUACAAUAUGCAAAAUCUCUUAGUGAAGCAAUAGAAAAGUCAACAGAACAAAGGAAGAGUAUGGCUUCUGAACCUACACAGAGCUCCACAGCAACCCCAUCUACGCAGCAAGUGAAGUCACCCCAGGCAUCAAAUGCUCCUGAUCUCAAUGAUGCAAUUGUGAAACUGUUCAGUGACUUCGAUGUCAAAGAAACCUCCCAUCAUUUAGUGAUUUCUCAUCUGGACCUGCACAUAUGCGAUGAUAUUCAUGCUAAAGAAAAAGAGUCAAAUAGACGUAUUACUGGAGGGGCUAUGCAGCUAUCUUUUACAAAACUGACUAUAGAUUAUUAUCCUUAUCACAAAGCAGGAGAUAGUUGUAAUCAUUGGAUGUAUUUUAGUGAUGCAACCAAGACAAAAAAUGGAUGGGCCGACGAGUUGUUACAUGAAUUUGAGUGCAACGUUGAAAUGCUUAAACAGGCUAUAAAGGACCAUAAUGUAGGUUCACCUCCUAAAUCCCCAACACAUGCCUCUCCCCAGCACACACAAACAGAGAAAGACUCAGCUGUGAAAGGGACUCCCAGAAUACCUUCAGUAUUUUCUCAACAGUCCAAAGUUAAGUUAAUGUCUAGUUCUAUUGUGGUUAGACUUGCAGAUUUCAAUAUAUAUCAGGUCUCUACAGCAGAACAAUGUCGUUCUUCCCCAAAAAGUAUGAUUUCUUGCAAUAAAAAAUCCCUGUAUCUUCCACAAGAAAUGUCAGCUGUCUAUAUAGAAUUCACAGAAUAUUACUAUCCAGAUGGAAAGGAUUUUCCAAUUCCAUCUCCCAACCUUUAUAGCCAGCUGAAUGCACUACAGUUUACUGUGGAUGAAAGAAGUAUUCUGUGGUUAAAUCAGUUUCUAUUGGAUUUAAAACAGAGCCUUAGUCAAUUUAUGGCUAUAUACAAGUUGAAUGACAAUUCAAAAUCUGAUGAGCAUGUUGAUAUUCGAGUCGAUGGCUUAAUGCUAAAGGUUGUUAUUCCUUCUGAAAUGAAAUCUGAAUGUCAUCAAGAUCAACCACAUGCAAUUUCUAUUCAGAGUUCUGAAAUGAUUGCCACAAAUACAAGGCACUGUCCAAACUGUCGACAUUCUGACCUAGAAGCCUUGUUUCAAGACUUUAAAGAUUGUGACUUUUUCAGUAAAACAUAUACUAGCUUCCCCAAGUCAGGUGACAGUUUUAAUCUUCUACAUCCUAUCUUCCAGAGACAUGCUCAUGAACAAGAUACCAAAAUGCAUGAAGUUUAUAAAGGAAAUAUUACUCCCAAGUUGAAUAAACACACUCUUAAAACUUCUGCUGCCACAGAUGUUUGGGCUGUGUACUUUUCUCAGUUUUGGAUAGAUUAUGAAGGGAUGAAAAGCGGAAAAGGACGACCAAUAAGUUUUGUAGACUCUUUCCCUCUUUCCUUCUGGAUUUGUCAGCCAACAAGGUUUGCACUGUCUCAAAAAGAGCUGCAGACUUGUAAUCAAAUCUCUCUAAAUACAUCACAAAGUGAAUCUAGUGACCUGACUGGCCGAUGGAAGCGGAAAAAGCUUUUGAAGGACUAUUACAGCACAGAGUCUGAGCCCUUAAUGAAUGGUAGGCAGAAAUCUUCCGAUACAUUUUUAAGAUUUUCCUCUUCCUCAGAUGCAGAUAUUCACGUCCUGGUUCAUGUUCAUAAGCACGUCAGUAUGCAGAUCAAUCACUACCAGUAUCUGUUCUUGCUUUUCCUCCAUGAGUCACUUAUCCUGCUUUCAGAGAACUUAAGGAACGAUGUAGAAGCGGUGACUGGCAGUCCUGCGAGUCAGACAUCCGUUUGCAUUGGGAUUUUACUUAAAAGUGCAGAGGUGGCUCUUUUAUUGCAUCCAGUGGAUCAAGCAAACACUCUUAAGUCUCCUGUUUCUGGAGGUGUGAACCCAGUAAUUCCUGAUUGUUUGCCUACAGAAAACAGAGGAUUCCUAUCUUCAAAAAGGAAACAAGCUAGUAAUAGUAACAAUCAAAAUAGAAGUGUAACUGUUAAUCAUAUGUCAGAGAACAGAUCUAUGAGUGUUGACCUUAGCCAUGUCCCUUUGAAGGAUCCUUUGCUUUUUAAAUCAGCUAGUGAUACAAAUCUGCAAAAAGAUAUUUCUUUUCUGGAUUAUUUGUCAGAUAAAAAUUUAGAGAAAAUAAGUGAAGAUGAAAGUAGUGGAAUUCUUUGCAAAAGUGGCUCAGAGGAAAUUGGCUUAGAAACAACAGACAAAAGGAAUUUAUCUUAUGCAGAUUCAAAUAGUGUCUUAAACUACAGAGAACAUUCAGGCAUACUGUCACUUGAUAAUGAUGGUAAUCAAAAUGUGCUUUCAAGUAGUUUAACUAAUAAAAGAAAUGAAACCAUAAAGUCGAUCUUUAAAGCUGAAGAUUUGCUGCCAGAAACAGUUUCGCUCACUGAGAAUCUGGAUUUCAAUAAAGAAGAAGCACCCACAGUGAGAACACUUAAAACACAGUCAUCUUUAAGUGGGAAGCCUAAGGAACCCUGCCCACCGAAUCAGGCUCCACACUGUACGUCUUACAAGAACAUAAAAAGAAGCUCCUCACAAACCUCAUUGGAUACUAUUUCACUUGACAGCAUGAUAUUGGAAGAUCAGUUGUUAGAAAGUGAUGGAAGUGAUAGUUUUCUGGAAAAAGUUAUUAAAAAGAAUUCAAGUACAAAUUAUCAGAACACAGCAAAUAGUGCAAAUGCCACUGCAAACCUACAGAAUUAUGGUGAAACCUCUCCGGAUGCCAUCAGUACGAAUUCAGAGGGUGCUCAAGAAAACCACAAUGACCUGAUGUCAGUCGUGAUGUUUAAAAUUACUGGUGUUAAUGGGGAAAUUCACAUCCGAGGGGAAGAUACAGAAAUCUGUCUUCAAGUGGACCAAGUGACACCGGAUCAAUUAGGCAAUAUCAGUCUUCGGCAUUACCUUUCCAAUCGUUCAGUAGGUUCUGAGCAUAAAGCUGUUAUUCAUUCCAAAUCCUCUCCUGAGAUUACUCUGAGAUUUGAAAGUGGGCCUGGUGCUGUAAUACAUUCUUUGCUUGCAGAAAAAAAUGGAUUUCUUCAAUGCCAUAUAGAAAACUUUAGCACUGAGUUUCUUACAUCUUCUCUUACGAAUAUUCAACAUUUUUUGGAAGAUGAUACUGUUGCAACAGUGAUGCCAAUGAAGAUACAAGUUUCUAACACAAAAAUAAAUUUAAAAGAUGACAGUCCUCGUAGUAGUACAGUAUCAAUUGAACCAGCUCCUGUAGCCAUUCACAUUGAUCAUCUUAUGGUAGAGAGAAAUGACGAUGGCUCUUUUCAUAUCAGAGAUUCUCAGAUGCUUAACACUGGCAAUGAUUUGAAAGAAAAUGUCACAAGUGGAUCAGUGCAGCUUUCCAGUGGAAAGUAUGAUCUGAAGAAACAGCACAGCGUCACUCAAGCCACUCAGACAAGUCCAGAGGCUCCUGAGCGCUCCUUUAACUUCACUCGGGAACAGCUCAUGGAAGAGAAUGAAUCUCUUAAGCAGGAAUUGGCUAAAGCUAAAAUGGCUCUUGCAGAGGCUCACCUGGAGAAAGAUGCUCUCCUUCAUCAUAUAAAGAAGAUGACAGUUGAAGAGCAGGAGUGGCAUUCAAAACCCAAAUUAUAGCUCUGGAGUUGAGAGGUUAUAUUUAUAAUGUGAUGUUACCGAGUGAAUUUCCAUUUCAUGAAAAGACAAUAAAAUUAAAUGGUAUGUGAUGAAGUGGUGACCAGUCCAAAGCUAGUUUAGGAAGUAUUAGGUACGGGCAUUACCAUCUUUUGAUUGUUUUGUGUUUGUUAACCCUCUUUUAAACUGGUGUGAUAUAGGGAAGUCAGCACAUACUGUAAAGUAAUUACAUGCCUCAUGAAGAUGUCAUUUCCUAAUUUUGAUAUCACACUAUAGGCAUUUAAAAAAAAAAGAAAAAUGAAAACCUGUUGUGUUCCACAGAUGAUUGAAUUUAUCACUCUGUUAAUGAUUACUAUGAUUUACAAAGAUUCAAAUGUUUUUAGGGCUAAUGUAAAAUAAAAGGCUUACUUUUUAAAUGUUUUAAAAUAAUGUACUUAUAUCUAUGAGUAUUUAAUUACUGUAAAAAGUCCAGUCAGACUAUAAAUUAUAUAAUUCUGGGUUUGAAAAUUCUGGCAAAUCACCCUAUUGGACUUCUGAAGUAACUUGGAAAUGUGAAAAAUAAAUCAUUUUAAAUGAUGGGUAAAAUGUAUAAAUUGAGGCUAUAAUUUGCCACAAAAAAUGGUACAAGUGUAAAAAUAAAAAGCACAAACUUUAAAAAAGCAAAACUUUAGAGUAUAUGGCCAACUGAUUUAAAAAAGCAUUACUAGGUGCCUCGUUAGUGCAGUAGGUAGCGCGCCAGUCUCAUAAAAAAGCAUUACUUGUACAUUCUUCAAAACAUUCGUUAGAAGUAAGAGUAACUAUCCUUCUAAAUUUGGCAGCAUUUAUAACUACGAAUUUAAUUCAUUCGAUUUAUAUUAUUUCUUUACCUUUAUCUUUUCUCUAUUUAAGAGUAAAGUUUUCAGAGUAUUUAAUUUAUACAUUCAAAAAAAUUUCAUACCAUUCUUAAAGUAUCAGAUUAGGUGGUUGUUUGCACAUACCCAGUUUAUAUAGCUAGUUUUGAUUAAAGUUCUUUGUGAUAUAUUAUAUAUACUGUCUUCUAUAAUAAAAGUGAUUGGUAAAUUUUUGAAUUCUAUUUUCUAGGAAUUGUUGAGGUUGAAGCCAACAUGAGAGAGAAUCUCUUUCAUGCAUUAUGAAAUAAAAGUUCCUAGUUAAGCAGGAGAGGAUUUUGAAGACUUAAAGUAUAUUUGUGAUAUAAUUAAACAGACUUAAAUAGAUAGUCUAUUUUAAAAUUUGCAUUCUUAAACAUAAAUAUAUCCAAGAGAGAACAUGAAACAGCUGGACUACUUUUUCUGUAAGGUACUUGAAAAUGUUAAACCAUGUUUCGACACUUUAUGGUGCUUUGCUUGUUGGCAUGACGCACAGCCAUCUCUAUGUCUGAGUACUUGGAGGAGAAUACAGGCUUCAUUUACUUAAAUGUUGGAGUGACUUGGACUUUAUUUAAAACAGUACGAGUUUUUUCUUCUGUAACAUCCACUUCAUUGAUAUGACUUUCAAAUACGGGCCUUGUUUUGGGAACUGAGGAUACAGCAAAGAACAGAUUUAAAUUGUGAAUAUUUUACCUCAAAGUAUUUAAAAAUUAUGUUAAACUGUGUUAAUCUAAAACUAUGUAAUGGUCUUAGAUUAAGAACAAAGGUCUAAUUCAAUAUUUUUAAAUUAGCUAAUAUUCUUCGUAGAGUACUUUUGAUUUAUAGGAGUAUAUUCAAGGUAUACAGUCUUUCAUAUAGAAAAACGGAUUUGACAGGACAUUAACUUCUUCAGAGCUGACAGUGUUUCUCAGGAUUGACCCAUUUGUUCUAUAGAAAUUUUAAAUUUGUGGUAUACUUGUUUAGUCUUAUGGAAGCCAAAUGUUUGUCUUAUUCCUUUCCAUUGGCCAUCUUAAGAAAAUCAUACAAACAGUAGAUAUGAUAAUUUAUGUGGAUCUGAGCAUUCUACUUGCUAUGUUGGAUUUUUAAAAAAUUUAUAGUAAGUACUAUUUUUAUAGAGAUUUAAAAUUUACUAUCUCAUGUAAUUCCCUCAAGAAAACCCGGGAGGUAGGUAUUAUUCACAUUUUAGAAGUUAAAUAAAAACCCCAAGGCUCAGAAAGGACAAUUGACUUUACUGAAAUCACAGUUAAUUACUUGCUCUUUUGAUUUAAAUCCCAGUUAUGUGCUUUUAUUUUACUUUGGUCAUUAAUUUACAUAUUUUAACAGGGGUGGGGAAAAUCACUGUCUUUUAUCUGUUUUUCUUUUAAAGAUAUAAUACUUUUUAUUAUGUGUGUGUGAGACAGAGAGGGGAAGAGAGAUAAAGAGAGAUGUAUUAUGCAAACUAUGUAUAAGAUAGUGGGAGGAUUUUUGAUUGACUAAGUGAAUCCCAAUCUUUUUGGUGGUGUGAAAAGUAUAGAAGUAAAUCACAUAUUAGAAAUAAAGUUGCCAUAUCUUGAAAAGAAAUUUUCUAAAUCUCUGUCAUAGAAUUUAUUGAUCAGAGGAAGGAAAUGAUAAUCAUGUUUUGCAUUUUAAUUUCGUGUCUCUAUCUCUUCCUCUCUCAUUCCUCCCCUCCUUUCCUCCCUCAAUUUAUUGCCUCUUUGUCUUUUUAUCUUGCAAACAUCUAUCAAAGCUGUCCACUUGUCUUCAAUUCUCACCACCUUUUAAAUCUAAGCUACCAUCAGCAUGUUUGGCCUGCAUUACUUGGAUUGCCUCCUAACUGGUCUUCCUACAGCUACUCUGAACCUACUGCAAUUCAUUCUCUAUAUUCAGGCAGAGUUCUCGUUUUUGAAAUAACACAGGACAUAAGGCAACCUACUCAUUCUUAUCCCAGCUUAAGCCACUUCAAUGACUUUUCAUUGCUCUUAAGAUGAAAACAAAAAUAUUAUGUGACCUAUGAUUUCACAUAUAUUAGGUCUGUCAUUUACUUUAUAGAAUAACUCUGAGCAUUAGAAGAGGUAAUACCUCAUAAAAUUAAAACUGGCUGACACAUCACCUAAAAAAGCACUCAGGAGCUAGUUAUUGUUACUACUGCUUAGUUAGCCUCAUUGUGUAUCACGUUUCAGUUACUUUGUGUUCUACUUAAGUAUCUGGAAUAAGUGAGAAUAGAGUAAUUCUUCCACAUUGGAAACUGCUCAUGCUAUUCCUUUGGCUUAAAAUACCUUCCCCUACUCAUUGCCUGGUUCAUUCAUAUUUGUCUGUCAUAUCUCGGCUCAUUCCCUAAUUUCUGUCACAAAGCAAAACUGCUUGGACACAUUGUCACCUGAACAUAUACCUCCAAUUAGCAUUGAACAGCUUUUUAAUUUUAUAUGUAUUUGAUUAAUGUAGAUCCUCUAGAUUGUAACAGUGAGGACAGGAAUUAUGUUUGUGUUGUCAUUGUUGAACUUUGUAUUCCUUAUGCCUCAUACAGUGCCUGGCACAUCGCAGGUACUCAAUAAAUUUAUUGAAUAAAAUGGAGGAGGUAUCAA